GACCGGCAGAACGGCGACCGGCCGGCGAGAAACGUGGAGCCCCGCCCCCCCAACUGUGACGUCGUGCGUCAGCGAAACGGUGCAUUGUUGUUGCAGAAGCGGAAAGGAGCAGAGAAGCGAGGGUGACUAGAGUGGGGGAAGGGAGGAGGAAGAGAGAGAAAAAAAAUCAUCGUUGGGGUUGGUGGGGGGGGAGGGGACGGGACCUGUCGAAUGUUCGCACGUUCGGUGACAGUUGGCGGUGGAACGCGAGCAGGAGGAGGCGGCUGCGCGCGGGCCUCGAGGGCGCCGUGUUUUCAUUCGCCCAGGAGCAGCGUCUGGAGAGCGUGGUCGGUCCGUCCGUUUGAUGAACGGCCUCGAGGAAAGCGGAGCCGGGGCCUGCACGGAGAGGGCGCGUCAGUCCAGUCCGCUGACAAACACACGGCCGUACACAUACGCACAACACAACCCCAAACGGGAGAGAAGCGGAGUAGCGGCGGUGGGGGGGGGUUGCGGGCGAAAUAAUAAUUUUUUCAAAAAAAAACAGAGGCAAUAGGCGACUUCAUUGUUAACAAUGAGAAGGAAGGGAAGGUGCCACCGAGGGUCAGCAAGGCGUCCAGCUUCACCUUGCAGUCUGAAACAUUCACCUAGUCGUGAAAUGCUGACAUAUGCUCAAGCACAGCGAAUGGUUGAAAUGGAAAUUGAUGGUCGGCUGCACAGAAUCAGUAUUUAUGAUCCUUUGGAAAUAAUUUCUGAGGAUGACUUAACGGCCCAAGAAAUUGUUGAAUGUAAUAGCAACAAGGAAAAUAGUGAACGCCCACCUGUUUUCAUAAAAACCAAAAGAUACAAGUCCAAUAAAGUGAAAAAGAAGGAAGCCACUAUUCAGAGUAAACAUGGACCUCCAACACAGGUGAAUGCAUUGCCGGAACCUAGAUUUAGAAUAGUAGAUUAUGAACCACCUUCAGCUCCUCGUCGGCCUUCAUCUUAUUACAGGCUCAUCGAAAAAUCCCCAGAGGAGCUCAAUAAUGAAGUUGAGUAUGAUAUGGAUGAGGAAGAUUAUGCAUGGUUGGAAAUGAUUAAUGAAAGGCGCAAAAGUGAUGGUUUGAGUGCAGUUUCACAGAAUGUAUUUGAGUUCCUAAUGGAUAAACUGGAGAAGGAAUCUUACUUUGAAAAUUCUAAUCAAGGUGAUCCUCAGUCAUUAAUUGAUGAAGAUGCUGUUUGUUGUAUUUGCAUGGAUGGAGAAUGUCAAAACAGUAAUGUAAUAUUAUUUUGUGACAUGUGUAACUUAGCAGUGCAUCAGGAAUGCUAUGGGGUUCCUUAUAUACCUGAAGGACAGUGGUUGUGCCGUCGUUGUUUGCAAUCUCCGUCUCGAUCUGUUGAUUGUAUCUUGUGCCCAAAUAAGGGGGGUGCUUUCAAGAAGACAGAUGAUGGUCAGUGGGGACACGUUGUAUGUGCACUGUGGGUUCCUGAAGUUGGAUUUGCUAACACUGUAUUCAUAGAGCCUAUUGAUGGUGUCAAGAACAUUCCAGCAGCCAGGUGGAAAUUGACAUGCUACCUCUGCAAACAGAAAGGGCUGGGUGCUUGCAUCCAGUGCCAUAAGGCAAAUUGCUAUACAGCAUUCCAUGUAACUUGCGCUCAACAAGCGGGUCUGUACAUGAAAAUGGAGCCUGUUAAAGAAACUGCAUCCAAUGGAACAACAACAUUCAAUGUGAAAAAGACUGCUUUCUGUGCUGUGCACACACCUCCUGGGUGUGUGAGAAGGCCAUUAAACAUUUAUGAGCCAGCUGAAGUGAAAAAUGGCAUAUGUAGAAAAAGUUCACCUAACAAGGCAACUAAGGCAAAAUGUAAGGCAAGACAGAAGACCAAGAAGGCUAGGAAACUCUUAGUUGAAAAAUGUACUGCUGUGCCCGUUGUAUCUGUCCCAUGCAUUCAGCCUGAUAGGCUAAACAAAAUAAUGAGUCAGGUGUCAGUGCCACGAAAGAAACAGUUCAUACAGAGAUUGUAUGUUUAUUGGACACUCAAGCGACAAUCAAGAAAUGGCGUACCCCUACUUCGACGUUUACAGUCCCAUCUGCAGACUCCGAGAAGUGCACAACAGAAGAAGACUGAUGAUGAACAAAAAAACAGUAUGAAGGAGCAGCUGAAAUACUGGCAGAGGCUACGCCACGACUUAGAAAGGGCACGUUUACUGGUUGAACUUAUUCGUAAACGUGAAAAACUAAAACGUGAAGAGGUCAAAGUCCAACAGAUUGCUAUGGAGCUCCAGCUGACACCCUUGACUGUUAUGUUACGCUCAGUUUUGGAACAGCUGCAGGAAAAGGACACUGCACAUAUAUUUGCUCAGCCAGUGAGUUUAAAAGAGGUUCCAGACUAUUUAGAUCAUAUAACACACCCCAUGGACUUCUCCACAAUGAGAAAAAGGAUAGAAGAUCAUGGUUAUAAUAAUCUGGAUGAGUUUGAAGCUGAUGUUAACCUUAUUGUAGAUAAUUGUAUGAAAUAUAAUGCAAAGGACACAAUAUUUUACCGAGCAGCUGUACGAUUGAGAGAUCAGGGAGGUGUCAUAUUAAGACAGGCUCGUCGUGAAGCUGACCGAAUAGGCUAUGACUCUGAAACAUCAAUGCAUUUGCCUGAACCACCAAAAUGUGAAAUCACCAAGCCUUUGACAUGGGAAGAAGUGGAUAGAUUAUUAGUACCUGCAAAUAGAGAGCAUAUGUCAUUGGAAGUGCAGCUCAAGGAGUUGCUGGACAAGCUGGACAUGACGUGUGCAAUGAAAUCCUGUGGAGCCAGAUGUAGACGUGCCAAGUUAUUGCGAAAAGAAAUUAAUAACAUCCGCUUGAAGUUAAGCCAGCAGAAGACUCAGAGUGAACAUAUGCAGACUGAAAACAGCAUAGUUGAAGAUGGGUCAAAAUCAGAACAAGAUGGUGAUUCAAAGUCUUCAGUGCCACCUACUCUUGAGCCAUCUGAUUCUUUGCCUCUUCUGCCGUCUUCAGAAACUCCAUCCGAACCACCUACCCUGAAACCAGUAGAACCUAGCAUUGACCAGAGUAGAUUACACAAAAGAGUAAAGUUUGACAGUGAAGUGAAUAGCACUUCUCUACACAAUGUGACAAUGAAUGGACAUUCUACAGAUGACCUAAGUAACGAUGACAUCAAUAACUCAAAAACUGCUGUAGUUGAAUCGUCAGUUGAUACCAGUAGGCAUACUUCUGUUCUAUUCCGAAAACCCCAAAGUGCGAAUCCUCAAAAACAAGCAAAAAAUACCGACACUCAACCACUUCAAGGGCAGCUGGGAACAAAAACCUUCUUAUCUGUGGUAAUUCCAAGGCUAGAGACACUGUUACAGCCAAGGAAGAGGUCACAUAGCUUGUGUGGUGACUCAGAAGGAGAUGGUGAAAAAUUGCCUCUCGAAAGACCUGACCUAGCAUUAUCUAAUGGAUAUGGUAAUGAGGAGAAACCAGAAACUCCACAAACCAAUGCAACUGAUCAUCAGCGUCGUCGUUGUGCUUCUGAAUCAAGUAUUUGCACCAGUGUCAGUGUGGUUUCCAACCAUGCAAGCACAAUAAGCCUUCCAAAGUGUGGCAAAGGGAAGCCAGCAUUAGCACGAAGAAACCCCUUGGAACACAGAAAUGAGUUGAUUGCUUGUAUUGAAAAUGGUAACUUUGCCAAAGCAGCCAGAAUUGCAGCAGAGGUUGGCCAAAAUAGUAUGUGGACUUCCACAGAUUCCAGUUCUGCCUUGGAGCCCUUAAAAUUGAUUUGGGCGAAGUGUAGUGGUUAUCCAUCAUAUCCAGCAUUGAUAAUUGACCCAAAGAUGUCUCGAAGUGGUUUUCGCCACAAUGGAGUGCCUAUACCUGUGCCCCCUCUAGACGUACUUAAAGUGGGAGAGCAAAUGCAGCGGAGAGCUGGAGAGAAGCUUUACCUCGUUUUGUUCUUUGACAACAAACGAAGCUGGCAGUGGCUUCCAAAGUCCAAAGUGGUUCCACUUGGUAUUGAUGAAACCAUAGACAAAAUAAAAAUGAUGGAAGGUCGAACUUCUUCCAUUCGGAAAUCUGUUCGCAUUGCUUUUGAUCGUGCAAUGCUGCACCGAAGCAGAGUACAAGGUGAACAAACCAGUGACUUUAGUGACAUUGAUUGAAAUUGUUAAGCAUGGGACAUCAACUCAUCUGGCUUAAAGUUUUAAAAACUAAGAAAGCUUUACAGAACCAGUUCUCAGUUCUUAAAGAAUGUACUUUCCACUAUUGUCUCAAUCAUUGUUCCAGUAGUUGUGCUUAGAGAAAUUAUGGCACCUGCUGAUUCACUGCCAGCUGUAAUUAUGUUUUUCAUACAUCAUUAUCUUUCUUGUAAACAUCCAAACUUUUCACUAUAAUUUUUUGACAGAAAUAACUUGUUCAUAGUGUUUAUAGGUCACAGGAGAAAACUGUAAAUACUUGUACAUUACUGCACACCGUAAAUUAUUCUGUUAGUCAAAAUUGGUUCCUAUCUGUUUCUGGUACUUUUUUUAUAUAAUCUGAAUGUUCUGUAACUUAUUAAAUAAACAGAAAAAGCUGUUGAUGUAACCAAGUGCCAUGCAGCAGGUAAUUUUGGUGCAAAAUAUGCUGAAAAAGUUAAUGGUCAAAAUCAAGGUAACUUUAAAUGGUGUGCAAUAGAGCAGUAAAAUGAGCUUUUGUAUUUCUUACCAAACAAAACCUUAUUUCUCAAGUUUGUCAUAUUUUAAUUUGGGUUGUGUUUCAUAAUAUUAAAAAUCAAGCACAUGCUCAUUUAUUAGUAUAAAGUUUCCCUCCAGUAUACCUCUAUCACUUUGAGUUUUAACCAAAUGCUCACCUAAAACAGCAAUUUCGAACUGGUGCUAAUUAUAAUGGAAAUUUCAACCAAAGCAUGUGAUCAGACUGUAGGCAUCCCCAUAUUACCCAAAAAGCAUACUAGAUUUUCCUUUUGUUUCUUUAAUCUUCUACAUUACACUAGCAAAAACCAUGCUAUGCUAUAUCACAUCUGCUUAUUUUAAAGAUGCAAAACAGCAUAUAGAUACUUUACAUUCAAAUACUUCUCUGUGGAUAGGUAAUUUAAAGAAUGCAUCUAUGAAAAAUCGACAAGUUUUUAAUACACUUUCACUUUUUUCCCUGCUCAUUUCUGCUGAAGAUUUUAUCUCGAACUUGCUUCCUUAGUGCAAUAUUAAAUGAAUGCCAUGCCUUCUGUAUCGCUGCUUUAAGUUUAAUUCAAUUCAUGGUGCUGAAUAAAUCAUUUACCAAAUUGUAGCAUUAUCUUUUAAACCGCAUUUCAAGUAAUAAUUCUAAAAUACUUUGAGGUGUGUUGAAAGGGAAACUGGUGUGCAGAUUUGAUAUUUAUGAAAUGCAGCUUUGUUUUAAAUUACACACACGAAGUUGGCAUUUAAAGCCCAGAAUACCUGAUUUGCUGGAGUGCUUGUUGUACUAAGUGGUUUUGUAGCCUGUGUAUAAUUGUAUAUGAAUUCACUUCAAACAAACUUGUAACUUUUUUUUACUUUGGGAGGAGUAUUUUAAUAUUACAUUUCUUUUCUGCUGUGAUUUAAUAUGGGACCUGUACACAAUUUUUUAAAAAGAAUUUGUGCCUGCAUUUGUGUUUUUUUAAUUUAUUGUAGAAAGUGUACAGAUUUGCUUUGUAGUAACUUUUAUAAGCAGCUGAACUGGUUUGAAACUGAAAUUUGUAAAGUGCUUUAACUAUAGAACAAAUGUUGGUUGACUUCAGGCACAUCAGUUUAAAACUGUACUUUGGGAAAGAAUAAAUGUGAUGCAAUUGUUUGUUGCAUAUUCCCUAAA